CAUCAAGCCAUAAGUGCUCUCUGACAGGAUCAUAACUGGGACAAACAAGAACCAAAGGUCUUAUCGCCACAUCAUUGCAAGCAAGCCCUCUGUUGAUCUCACCAGACAUGGGUGGGCUAACAACAUGGCUGCUAUUACUGUGCCUUGUCGGCUCCAGCAAAGCCAAUUUCAGUCCUACAAUUAACAAAAACGUUUUUGAAAUCUGUGAGGAUGUUCCUGUCGGUUCAGUUGCUUUUACUAUAUUAGCAUCAGAUCCAGAAGGAGAUGCUCUGACUUACACACUGACUGGGCCCAAUGCUGCAUUCUUCGAAGUUAAUUCAGCAAAUGGGCAGGUGACCGUAAAUUCUGCCCUUGAUAGAGAGAACAGCGUCACAAUGGAACUCAAUGUUUUGGUUUCAGAUGGCUCCAAUAAUACACCAGGGACAUUAACUUUAAUAUUACAUGAUGCCAAUGACAACAAGCCUAUAUUUAAAAAUCCUUCUUUUGACAUGACAGUGCUAGAAAAUACGGCUGUAGGAACGUCAAUUUUUAAAUUUACAGCAAGUGAGUUUGAGAUCAAUGAUGUUACUGGUGACCUGAAGUUAAAGGGCCAGCUUAAUUACAACACACUGAGCACUUUCUAUCGGCUCAAGGUUCAAGCAAAGGAUCUUGGAGGCUCUUGUUUUGGGGAUAAGGUUUUCCAGCACAACGAUGUUUUCUCCUUUGUGACGGUUGAGGACGUCGCAGACCUCGACCCCGUUUUCAUCGGUGGUCCAUAUGUGGGAAGCGUUGAAGAGAAUUCUCCUGCGGACACGUCUGUGUUACGAGUGACCGCCCUCGAUGAGGACAAGGGAAUCAAUGACAAUAUCAUCUACACCAUUGAAGCUUCCUCAGCUGAAGGCUUGUUCAAAAUCUCACAGAAUGACGGCGUCAUAUCUGUGUCAUCGGGAAUUGACAGAGAGGCUACUGGUGACAAAGUAACUCUGACUGUUAAGGGCACCGAGUCCAAACCAAACGUCAACGGACAACUUGCCACUGCGACAGCAACCGUCGAGAUCAACAUCGGCGACGUCAAUGACAACCGGCCUCAAUUUUACAAAUGUGAAGGCUCCUGUGUGCUAGAAACUCAAUUCACAGGCAACGUCUUUGAACACUCAUUGGGGGCAAUUUCCAUUGGCAUGACAGUCAACGAUCUAGACAAGUCUGUGCAAACCGAGCUAAGGUUGGAAGGAGAGGAUAAAGACGUGUUUUCUGUGGAACCCUCCAAUGCUGGACCAGAGAACAUCGUUCAGCUUCUGGUCAAGCAGCCUGAGAAUCUGGAUUUUGAAGAAAAGCAGCAAAUGGUUCUUCAGGUGAUUGCUGUAGAUAAGGGCGAACCCACUUUCCAGUCCACUGCCACAGUUACAAUAAUCAUAAAGGACACCAACGACAACAGCCCCACGUUCCCACAGGACACGUACAAGAUAAAUGUGGCUGAACACUCUCCUGCUGGGACAGAGGUGAUAACAGUCACGGCAGAUGAUCUUGACACAAUGGAUGCAGGCAAAAUCACCUACAGUCUUCGUCCAGAGAGCAUACUGCAGUACUUUGACGUUGAGAGUAACACGGGAAGAAUCUACGUGAAAAAUCAGACUAUCCUGGAUCGCGAGCUCAGAUCUCUCUAUUCAGCCACCUUGCAGGCCAGAGACACAAAUGGCAACCCCGGCACCGCGGUGCUGGAGAUCACUUUGACAGACAUUAAUGACAAGCCACCAAUCAUCAACAUAGCCAAGUACCAAGAGGUUGUCGUUGAGGGUCAGAAGCUUGAAUUCCCGAUUGAGGCUACAGACGGAGAUGAAGCUGGUACAGUAAACAGCCAGAUUGAAUUCAGCAUUAAGCCGAGCACACACAGCAGCAGCUUCAGCAUUGACCCAAACACCGGUGUGUUUACAAAUAACGGUGAACUGGAUCGGGAGGCACUGGAUCCAGAAUCGAAAGGCAGGAUAGACCUCACUGUAAUAGCCACUGAUAAGGGAACGCCCGCGCUGUCAAGCUCCGUCUCGGUUGUUAUCAAUGUGCUGGACAUCAAUGACAACGCCCCAACUUUCAAAGCACCGCUCUACCGUUUUUCUGUUAAAGAAGGAGAAAAGGGCGCAUCUGCGGGUUUCAUUUACGCCGAGGAUCUGGACCAAACCGUCGAAUUCAACCGCAUCUCUUUCAGCAUCAUCGAUGGGAGCUUCGGCAGCUUCAUUGUUCGAACCUCGGCAGAGGAAAAGGGUUACAGCGGCAACAUCAUGGUAGACCCGGACAUCGAGCUCGACUAUGAGACGGCACCCGAGAAGUUCACGUUGCGGGUGGAAGCUGCAGACCUGGAUCAGGAGAAAGCUUCAGCGGUGGUGGAGGUGAACGUGUUGGAUGUGAACGACGAAAGACCAGAGUUCGCGUCAGUCCGAGACGUUUCUGUGGCUGAGAACACCGCCGCAGAUGUGCUUGUCGGGACCUUCAUAGCUCAGGACAAAGACACAAACCAUUCACUGGUCUACGAGCUGGAAUCUGUCAAUUGCAAGUGUAGUGGCAAACUGGAGCCCUGCACGUGGUUCACCCUUGACCCGAACGGGGAUGUUAGAGUCCGUUCAGGAGACCUUCUGGAUUAUGAAGAAUGCGACCAAGCUGUGGUAAAGGCUCAGGUGGUGGACUUGUUCACGGAAAAGGGAGAGAACAACAGCGUUACGCCAGGAGAAAUGGUGAUCAACAUUGAAGACAUAAAUGACAACAGUCCUGAAUUUAUUUCCUCCGACUCUGUAUAUACUGUGGUGCCAGAAAGUGCCAGCAAAGGAACAUCAGUUGCAGGAGUCACAGCUUCAGAUCGGGACUCUGGAGAACACAGGGUGAUCAAAUUUAAAGUAGAAAAGGUUCAAUUUGAGGACAGGAUCACAAACACUACCGCCGACACGUCCAGGAUCCUGUUUGAGGCUAUCACUACACAACAACAAAAUGUCUACGUUGGGAUUAUUCAAACUACAGAAGGUCUUGAUCUAACACUGAAAGGGAAAUAUUUGGUAACGGUCACUGCAACAGAUUCUGGCAGCCUUUCAGCCACCACCGUCCUGGAGAUUUUCACCAUUGAUCAGAGCUUCCGAACUGAACUCCAGUUUAGAACUACAGUGAGUGAGGUCGAACAGUCACUCAGUGAAAUCAGAAGGGCACUCUCAGCAGCCACCGGUGCUGCAGUUGACAUCGUUUCAAUCAAAGAACAGCCUUCAACAUCCAGGAACAUUGCAAAGUCUUUCAUGGUGGCAUAUUUCAUCUUUUUGAAUGGAACAGCUCUUUCUGCUUCAGAAGUAGAAAAGAGGCUUUCAGAUCAAGAUAAUUUUCCUAAGCUGUAUGAACUGGGCCUGAUGAAUAUUGGUGGCGUUCCCGUCACUGAAAAAAAACAGGAUCCCUUGGUGUACGGUCUGCUGGGAAUGGUUGGAGGUCUCCUCGUUGUACUGGCUUUACUCACGACCUCGCUUUUGUGCACUCGCAGAAACUACAGAAGGAAGCUGAAAGCAGCGAAUGCCAUGAAAUCUACAACUAUGUUGAACUCUGACAACCAGAAAGGUGGUGCUAUCGUGCCUGGGACCAACAAGUACACCAUGGAAGGUGCCAACCCAGUGUUAAACCUGAACAUCCCCUCAACAUUAGCCUUGGACUUGGAUUUAAAUGACGAAAGCUCGGAUGCAGACAAAUCCAGCCUCAACUCUCUUGAUCAAAACUAUGAAAUGAUUGGAAACAAUACAGACGAUGACAAAGUGAGUUUGCACCUUAAAGCCUAUCUUGACUUGGACCCAUUGAUUGGAAUGUGGAUUAAUCCAAUUUGCUCAUUAUAUUACAGAAGGGGAUCAUGUGGGACAAAGACGUCGAUGAGUCGUCGGAGUACAAUGAGCCUCUGGGUGCAGCGCUCGCCCAGUUGGGUCACAAUAAGAAAAACAUCAAAGACCAGACUGACCUUGGGGUUAUCAACCCGAUGUUUGACACAACAGAUCUGUAACAUUAAACAGAGUAACAGCGAUGGACAAAAUCAUGCAAUCCAAAACAAAUGCAGCUACUCUUUAAGUAAGCCUGUAAGGAGUGAUAUAAAUACACUUGUAAGCAACAGUUUCAACACAUAACUCAUGACUAUAUUUAAACAUUUUUCUCAGUAA